AUGGGAUCCACAACAUACAGCAGGUGGCUUGAUGUUAAAUCGGACGAGAAUGAAUGGAAAGAACCAAAAUCGAAAGUAAGUACUAGCAAACAUCUUACUCUACGCAAGGUACUAGGCGUGGUUUCUGGAAGUGAGUUGAAUUCUAGGUCCGGAAAUAUACAAUGUAGGCUUGCCAAGAUGCCUUACUUCACUGACGAAAAAAUUAAGAGCAUUAAGCUAGAGAAUAGAUUAAAGGGAAUAAUGAACAAAGGAAAUGACCAACAGAAGUUAUAUAAUAUUAAACAAACUCCUGAAAGAAAAUGUAUAUCUAGGUCCGGUGGGGAUUUUGCGAAAAAAUCUUUUAAAUAUUUGCAGCAGUUUUCAGAGAAAAUGAAAGAAGAGAAAGCCCACAAUAGUUCAAAGUUAUCUAAAGACGCUGCAAAUAGAUGCAAAUCGCUCAAAAAAUUAGGGAGGGAGGUACCUGAUAGGAAAAAGCUUAAGACAGGUGGAAAAAACAAGAAAGUUUGGCGGGAUUUCCCUCUAAGUGAUAGUUCAUCUGACCAUUAUGAGAAGGAGGAUGUGCGCCGACAUACAAAUAGCAAUGAUGAAGGUACAGUCGUACCGAUGAGUCCUCAAUGGGAUGAGACAAUUGAAAAGGAGCUGGAGGCUGUGGUUUACAAAAUGUAUAGAUCAGAGCCUGAUCCCGAAGAUGAAGAUACAUGGGAUGUAUCGAUGGUCGCUGAGUACGCUCCAGAGAUUUUCAAUCACUUGAGAGAUCUAGAAACAAAAUACGCACCCUAUCCAUAUUACAUCCCACAGAUUCAAUCAGAGAUUACAUGGGACAAUAGGGCCACGCUUGUGAACUGGAUAGUACAGGUUCAUUCUAGGUUCGGAUUAUUACCAGAGACAUUAUACCUUACAGUUAAUAUUAUAGAUAGAUUCCUGUCUAAAAGACCGAUAUCUCUAUCAAAGUUUCAACUUUGCGGAGCUGUUGCACUUUUCAUUGCAGCGAAGUACGAAGAAAUUAAUUGCCCGACAGUUAAACAAAUUGCAUAUAUGAUAUCAAAUCAGUAUACUACAACCGAGCUUUUAAAAGCUGAGAGGUUCAUGAUAACUGACAUAGACUUUGACAUGGGGUAUCCUGGUCCUAUGUCCUUUUUAAGACGAACUUCCAAAGCGGACAAUUAUGAUACAGAGAUCAGAACUUUGGCUAAAUAUUUUCUGGAGAUCACAAUCAUGGAUUCACGAUUUGUGGCCGCUCCUCCAAGUUGGCUAGCAGCUGGUGCAAGUUAUCUAUCAUUAAAAAUGCUUCAUCACGGGGAAUGGACCGAGGCUCAUGUUUACUACAGUGGAUACACAGAAGCUCAGCUCAGACCGUUAGCCGAAAUUUUAAUAGAUUGCUGCUUAAAUUACAAGACGCAUCAUAAGGCCAUUUUUGAUAAAUAUGCUUCGAGAAGAUUUAAACGGAGUUCAUUGUUUGUUCAAGAUUAUUUAGAACGGGAACUUUACAGAUAA